AUGCUGUCCACACAUUUGCGGACCGUCACAGUAAAGCGGACAUUGCUUCCGAUUACAAGUCAUCUCAUAAAACACUUUGUUCGUGCUUACACUGUUGCUAAUCGUGGAAAUUGUAGAUCUUCAAUAGCGCCUUAUAAGAGCCUAUUGCCCGUUCAAUGUUUGAUUUCUCAAAGAUUUAUACGGUCGUUCCCAACGAAUGAUAAGUUAAUUACCAAAGCUUCCAAUAUUGAAACCAUUUUACUAAGAAAGAAUAAUGAGCGAAAGUUCAAGCAAUCGCUCUUAGCAGACGCAAAAAAUUUUCAAGAGAGGUUCAAAAUCAAUGUAAAGUGGAUUCUUAUUAAAAAUAACAGGCCGUUCUCUAUGAACGAGAUAAGUAUUAUAGCUUCUUGGUUGAUAUUGUCGCAAAUUUUAUGGCUUAUACUGAGCACUACUACUUUCUUUUCCUUCUAUCUUUUCGUUGUCAAUUCUGUUUUCAGUCAAGAAUACAUUCAUGAAAAAAAAAUUUAUGAAAAGCUUCUGAAAUUCUUGUUGAAGGACCAUAAGCACUCUGGCCAAGAUUUGGAGAUAAGUUUCUCUCCGGAAGAUAAAACUUCAACAGCGGUUGUAUUAUCUCCAGACUGGGAGUCAAACUCAAUACUUAUAAAAAGGUUAAACAUAAAGGAUGAAGAUUUAGACCUGGACUUAAAGUUUCAUCACAUCAACCUGAACGUUUCUUUGAAAAGUUGGCUACUUGGUAAGGGAUUGAUUUCAAAUAUUUCCAUAUAUGGCAUCAGAGGCUCCUUGGAUUUGUCCAGGUUUAUCAGCUUGAUAAACUCCUUUCAAGGUGAUCUAAAAAGUGAGAAUUUUGUUAAACUUUCAAAUAAUAUUGAAAUUACAGAUUCGGAAAUUUUUUUGAAGCAAUCUCUGAGCGAACCAGAAACCCCAAUGUUAAAAUUUUCCAUUUAUAAUUUAUCUUUACCACAGCUUAGAUUAGACCAUUUUAUUUCUGAUGUUCUGAAUGCCAAGUCAUUUUCUGGUUCGAUAAAUAACUCUCUUUUCAACUUAUUCAAGAGGCAACAAAAGUUAACAGCAGUUAUUGAAAAUAGCAACAACAAAAAGAUGACAACGUCAAAAUUUGAUUUCAUCGAUAAUAAUGAGGGAAAAUAUCAAACAGUAACUCGCCAGGAUGAUCACAAUUAUAUAACAACGUUAAGAUUGAACUUUAUUAACAUCAACGAUUUGAAAUUUAACGAUGACGGAAAAUUCAAUUGGUUAAAAGACGGCCAAGUCGAGAUACUGGCUGAUAUAAUGCUAACAAACUCUACUUCUCAUCUAUCAUCGAAAUCCAAGUACGCAGUGGUGGAUUUAAAGGUAACUUGUAGAGACUUGAAAACAACUUUUCCUCAGGAGCCUCCAGUAUUGUCUACGGGAGAUAGUAUUGUUUCAUUAGAUGAAUUGAAACCUAUUAUAACAUUCAUUAACUCAUAUGAAGGAAUGGCUAAUCCUAUACUAAAGGAGUUUACAGAGAACGAAAGAUUGAAGAACUCUAUAAUCUGGAGCUCGCCUAAUGUCUCGAUUAAUAGACAAAGAAAGUCGUAUCCGCUAACUACAAAGGUCACUUCCAAUUCCACUAAGGAAAUCAUAAAAUUUCAUAAUCAACCAAACUACGACACUAAUGAGAUUGUUUUACGAUGUAAGAUGGUCAAAAACGUGUCAGACCUACAGCUGAUUAACAUCAAUCAAAUAUUAGACCAAAUUACUAUGGAAUUAUACGUCGACUUAACUAAAAUAGUAGAAGACUGGGAGUUUAGAAACAAAAAUGAUUGGAUGAAACAAUGGGGUACAACCUUUGCAUCACAGUUAUUGUUGUUUGGAUUUGGUGCCAUGGUUUGA